UUACACAACAAGGGGCCUUUGACUUCAUUAAAUAUAAAUGUCGAAGUGGAAAAUGGCUUCCCACCACAUUGUUUCUGCCAUCUCUCCCAUUUUUCUCUUUGCCUGAAAUAAUGUCACUCAAAUUCUUCAAACCUUUGUUUGAUUCUUUCCCAUGGCCCUGGCAAGAACAAAAUAUUGAGAAAAAUGGUGUAUUUUUCUCCUAUGUUCUUGGUAUUUUAGCUUUAUUAUGGUUUCUUUGUUUUUUAAUCAACCAGUCAAAAAAGGGACAACCCCCAUUGCCACCAGGGCCUAAAGCUUUGCCUUUGCUAGGUAAUCUCCAUUCUCUUGAUCCUGAACUUCACACCUAUUUUGCAUCUCUUUCCCAAACUUAUGGCCCCAUUUGUAGACUCUGGCUAGGUAAAAAACUUGGGAUUAUUAUUACUUCACCUGCCUUAGCUUGCGAGGUGCUUAAGAAUCAAGAUACCAUUUUUGCUAACAGAGAUGUACCUGCUGCUUGUAAAGAAUCUUCAUAUGGUGGAAAAGACAUAGUUUGGACUCCUUAUGGACCGACAUGGCGUAUGUUGAGGAAAGUUUGUGUUCGCGAAAUGCUUAGUGGUUCAACUUUAGAUUCUGUUUAUGCACUAAGGAAAAGGGAGCUUACAAAAUUGAUCAACUACUUUUAUAAUCAGGCGGGAUCGCCUGUGAAUAUUGGUGAACAGAUGUUCUUGACUGCGCUUAAUGUGAUUACAAGCAUGUUAUGGGGUGGCACAGUGAAGGGUGAGGAAAGAUCUAGACUUGGAGCAGAGUUUAGGCAUGUUGUAGCUGAUAUGACUGAGCUGUUAGGUACUCCAAAUAUUUCCGAUUUUUAUCCGGGCUUGGCCAGGUUCGAUUUGCAGGGUGUAACAAAGAAGAUGAAUGUGUUGGAAAAGAGAUUUGAUAAGCUAUUUGAGAGCAUGAUUGAUCAAAGACAGAAAAUAGAUAGAAAUGCUGAGAUGGGAACUGGUGUUGGACAAGAAAGCAAGGACUUUUUGCAAGUUUUGCUAAAGUUGAAAGAUGAAUCAGAUGCCAAAAUGCCUCUGACCAUGAUUGAACUCAAAGCCUUACUUAUGGAUAUGGUGGUUGGUGGAACUGACACAACCUCCAAUGCGGUUGAGUUUGCCAUGGCUGAAAUUAUGAACAAACCAUACGUCCUGAGGAAAUUACAACAAGAGCUAGAGACAGUUGUGGGAAAAGAUAAUAUUGUGGAAGAGUCUCAUAUUCAGCAAUUACCAUAUCUUUAUGCAGUUAUGAAAGAAGCCUUGCGCAUACAUCCAACUCUUCCACUCUUGGUGCCACAUUGUCCUAGUGAAACAUGCACUGUUGGAGGAUACACUGUCCCUAAAGGAUCUCGUGUUUUCAUAAAUGUAUGGGCUAUACAGAGAGAUCCUUCUAUCUGGAAAAAUCCAACUGAGUUCCAUCCAGAGAGAUUUUUGGACAAUAAAUGGGAUUAUAGUGGAAAUGAUUUCAACUAUUUCCCAUUUGGUUCUGGCAGGAGAAUCUGUGCGGGGAUGGUCAUGGCAGAGAGGAUGAUCAUGUAUUCACUGGCUUCACUCAUUCAUUCUUUCGACUGGAAAUUAUCCGAAGGAGAGACAUUAGACCUUACAGAGAAGUUUGGGAUUGUUCUGAAGAAGAAUAUACCUCUGGUGGCUAUACCUACUCCAAGAUUGUCUAAUCCAAAACUGUAUGAGUAAGAUUAAAAUGUGUCUGUAGAGAGUCGUGUUCUGUAUGAUGAUUCUCUCUUUCGUAUGGUGAACUAUGGAAAUGGGAUCCAUUUGAAAUUGAUUCA